UAUUCUUAAACUCUUUCCCUCGAAUCUGCUAACUCUGCUUCUUCAUCUCCUUUAGCUACAGUCCGGCUUCAUCCAUGGAACCAGGUUGGCUUGACAACAAGGCGCGAGUACUGGAGUCAGAAGUCGACGACAAGAGACGGGUCAAUGACUUAUCCGUUGAUCACAAGGGGAGGGCUCCUCUCAAGGCCUCAACUGGUGUUUGGAAGGCAUCGCUCUUCAUCAUAGCGAUAGAAUUCAGCGAGAGGCUGAGCUACUUUGGGCUUUCCACCAACCUCAUCAUAUACCUGACCAAGGUUCUGCACCAGGAGCUGAAGACGGCAGCCAAGAACGUUAACUACUGGUCGGGGGUCACCACCAUGAUGCCGCUCGUGGGCGGCUUCGUCGCCGACGCCUACUUGGGGAGGUUCUCCACCGUCAUCUUUUCCUCCCUCAUCUAUCUCGCGGGUCUGAUCCUCUUGACCAUGUCACAACUGGUCCCGAGCUUGAAGCCCUGCAACCUGGAGACCUGCCACAGAUCAUUAAGACUUCAUGAGAUCAUCUUCUUGGUGGCCAUGUACUCGAUUUCAGUCGGCACAGGGGGCCAUAAAUCGUCGCUCGAGAGCUUCGGAGCAGACCAAUUUGACGACGAUGAUGCUGAGGAGAGGAAGAAGAAGAUGUCCUACUUCAACUGGUGGAACUUUUUGCUGUGCAGCGGGUUGCUCCUAGGGGUCACUGUUAUUGUUUAUAUCCAGGAUAAGGUGAGCUGGGGUGCGGCUGACAUCGUGCUAACCUCGGCUAUGGGCGUCAGCCUGGUGAUCUUCUACCUGGGGAAGCCAUUCUAUCGGUACCAACUACCAAAUGGUAGCCUGGUGACUCCCAUAUUACAAGUAUUGGUGGCAGCCAUGGCCAAGAGACACCUUCCACAUCCUUUGGAUGCUGGGCAACUGCACGAGGUUCCCAAGACACGCAAGAACAACAAGAGGCUUCUGUCCCACACUAAUCAGCUCAGAUUUCUCGACAAGGCUGCCAUAAUCGAGCAUACAGAGGAUGAAUCCGCCUUGGCAGCCGAGAAGCUAAAUCAAUGGCGAUUGGCAACAGUGACACAAGUUGAGGAGGCGAAAUUGGUCCUUGCCAUGGUCCCUAUAUGGCUAUUCUCCUUACCAUUUGGUAUAUGCUUGGCACAAGCCUCGACCUUCUUCGUCAAACAAGGAAGCAUAAUGGACCGAAAACUAAGCAGAAGCUUCGAAAUCCCUGCAGCCUCUAUAUAUUCCCUCAGUGCCAUGGGCAUGAUCAUCUCUGUUUGCUUCUACGACAAAAUCCUUGUACCCUUCCUGAGACGAGCCACAGGGGAUGAGAGGGGCAUAAGCAUCCUUCGAAGGAUCGGAAUUGGCAUGGUGUUCUCGGUCUUGGCGAUGAUUGUUGCAGCCAUUGUAGAAAGCAAGAGGCUGAAGGCUGCCCCGGGGGAGCAAGCCGAGAUGAGCGUCUUCUGGUUAGCCCCUCAGUUUAUCAUCCUGGGCGUGGGUGAUGGGUUCACUCUGGUGGGGUUGCAAGAAUAUUUCUACGAUCAAGUGCCUGACAACAUGAGGAGUCUGGGAAUAGCCUUCUAUUUGAGUGUGAUAGGGGUCUCCAACUUCCUCAGUAGUCUCUUGAUCACUGUUGUUGACCAUGUGACCGAAAAGGGAGGGAGGGCUGGCUGGUUUGCCAGGGAUUUGAACAAGAGUCGCCUCGAUCUUUUCUAUUGGUUGCUUGCUGUAAUGGAUGCAUUAAGCCUCUGUGUCUAUGUAUACGUAGCUAGCAGGUACUCUUACAAGACCGUCUCCACUCACUUUCCUGAAGAAGGUGACAUAGAGACCGGGUAAUUCUUGAGAUGUCUCCACUGUAUGGCGUAAUUACAGCUGGCCUGGGUGUGUACAGAGGAAAUAAAUACCAUGUAUAUAAAAAAAAUAGUUACAUAUGCUUUAUUGUGUAAGAACUAUUAUAUGGACGUGCAAUAUUUUAAAUUAA